GCAAGCAUACCAUCCGUGAUGUCGCUGUGCAAAGAGUAACCAGUCGAUAUAACUGGGUGAGACCAACCCGCUGCCAUCGCCGGUAACAGUCGGCUUGGAUUGGGCCCAAUAAUUAUGGCCUGACUCGAGUUGGACUGCGUCUGCAUGUAUGUUCCUUCCCUACCCGUCCUACGCUUCUUCUCUUCCAUGGGGUUGUGAUGAAGCUUUGCCGCCUCCCCCUUCCCACCUCUUUGCCCUUCAAGCCCUUCCACACCGCCGCCGUAUCCAUCCUCGAAGACCAUCUCACUCCCGCCUCCGCCGCCAAUCUCUCUUCCCACCUCUCCCCUCCACCGGAAUCCCCGGCCUCCUCUGUCUCCAAUCUCACAACCCUCAUCUCCGCCACCCAGUCCGUCGGCGGAGCCGCUCAGAUCCACGCCCACCUCGCCAAGUGCGGCCUUUCAUUCGGCCCUCCUUUUCGCCACCACCUCCUCACCCUCUACUCCAGAUGCCGCUCCCCCGAAUCCGCCCGCAAGCUCUUCGACGAAUUCCCCGACCCGGACCACAUCUCCUGGUCCGCCCUCAUCUCCGCGUACUCCAACAACGGCCUCGGCCGCGAGGCGCUGUUGUCCUUCAGAAAGAUGCGAUCUUUGGGCGUUCGGAGCAACGAGUUCACACUUCCGUCCGUCCUCAAGGCCUGCUCUGUCUCCUCCGACUUCAUCGCUGGCACACUAGUCCACGCCUUCGUCAUAGUCACCGGGUUCGAGUCCGACGUCUUUGUUGCGAACACCCUCGUUGUCAUGUACGCCAACUUCGGCCUCCUCUUAGAUUCCAAGAGAUUGUUCGACGGCAUUACUGACCGCAAUUCUGUCUCGUGGAACGGAUUGCUCGCAGGCUGUGUAAGGAAUGAGAGGUUCGAGGAGGCAGUGUCAUUGUUUCAGGAGAUGGUGAUGGAUGGAAUGAGGCCGAAUGAGUUUGGCUUCUCCUGCAUCCUAAAUGCAUGCACUGGCUCGCAGGAUUUAUCCUGCGGGAGGGCAGUUCAUGGCUACCUUACCAGGCUUGGAUACCACUCGGACCCUUUUACCACCAAUGCUCUUGUGGAUAUGUACGCCAAGUUGGGAAACGCCAAAGCUGCAGCUAUGGUUUUUGGAAAAAUUGCUCGACCGGAUAUCGUUUCAUGGAACUGUUUUAUUGCUGGUUGUGUUCUUCAUGGGCAUGAUAGCCGGGCAUUGGCAUUGUUGGUGGAGAUGAAGGCAUCAGGAAUGGUUCCAAAUGUGUUCACUCUGUCUAGCGUUCUUAAGGCUUGUGCAGGAACAGGGAUGCUGGAUUUAGGCAUGCAGAUACAUGGUAACUUGAUCAAGGCUGGUUCAGAUCCUGACUCAUUUGUCGGUGUUGGACUUGUUGAUAUGUAUGCAAAAUGCAAUUGUUUAGAUGAUGCAAUGAAGGCCUUUUACUUGAUCCCUGAACAGGACUUAAUAUCAUGGAAUGCUUUGAUCUCGGGGUGUUCACAUAGUGGGAGUGAUGAUGAAGCCCUCGCCUGCUUCUCUAAGAUGAGAAGAGAAGGUCUGAACUUUAACCGAACCACUCUGUCGGCAGUUCUUAAGUCCACAGCAAGCUUGCAGGCAAUUACUGUAACCAAGCAGGUGCAUGGACUCGCAACAAGAGCAGGGUUUUUGUCAGAUCCUCAUGUAGUAAAUGGUCUCGUUGAUGCAUAUGGGAAAUGCAGUUGCCUGGAGGAGGCAGGGAGAGUCUUUGAGGAAUGCCAAUCUGGUGAUGUGGUGGCUUUCACAUCUUUGAUUACAGCUCACUCCCAGAGUGGGCAAGGGGAGGAAGCUAUCAAAGUCUUCUGUGAGAUGCUAAAUCAGGACCUGAAACCAGAUUCAUUUGUUUGUAGUAGCCUUCUUAAUGCCUGUGCUAGUUUAUCUGCCUAUGAACAAGGGAAACAGAUACAUAUACAUGUGCUAAAGAUGGGGUUUAUGUAUGAUGUGUUUGCUGGGAAUGCACUCGUUAACAUGUAUGCAAAGUGUGGUAGUGUUGAAGAUGCCACCUUAGCUUUCUCUGAGAUACCAGAGAGGGGGAUUGUCUCAUGGUCUGCUAUGAUUGGAGGACUCGCCCAACAUGGGCAUGGGAAGAAGGCCUUGGAUUUAUUCUCUAAGAUGCUUGAUGAGGGUCUAUCUCCAAACCACAUUACCUUGACUAGUGUUCUUUGUGCUUGUAAUCAUGCGGGCCUUAUUGAUGAGGCAAAACAAUAUUUUGAUCUGAUGGAAGAGAUGUAUGGGGUUCAACGAACACAAGAGCAUUAUGCAUGCAUGAUUGACCUUCUUGGGCGUGCUGGUAGAUUAAAUGAAGCAAUGGAACUCGUGCAUCGUAUGCCUUUUGAAGCCAAUGCUUCAGUAUGGGGAGCACUCUUAGGGGCUUCUAGGGUUCAUGGAAAUAUAGAAUUGGGUAAACAAGCAGCUGAGAUGCUCUUUGCCCUUGAGCCUGAGAAGUCUGGAACACAUGUGCUGCUUGCAAACAUGUAUGCUUCAGCAAGCAUGUGGGACAAUGUUGCCAAAGUCAGAAGGUUGAUGAAAGAUAGCAGGGUGAAGAAGGAGCCCGCAAUGAGUUGGGUUGAAAUGAAAGACAAAAUUUAUACUUUCAUAGUGGGGGAUAGAAGUCAUGAUAGGACAGCUGAGAUAUAUGCUAAGCUGGAAGAGCUUGGGGACCUAAUGAGGAAAGCUGGAUAUGUUCCUAUGGUUGAGACCGAUCUCCAUGAUGUGGAACCAGGGGAGAAGGAAGUUCUCCUUUCUCAUCACAGUGAGAAGCUUGCUGUUGCAUUUGCAUUGAUCAGUACUCCAGCUGGAGUUCCAAUUAGAGUGAAGAAAAAUCUUCGAGUGUGUAGAGAUUGCCACACAGCAUUCAAGUUCAUAUGCAAGAUUGUUUCCACGGAGAUAAUACUUAGAGAUAUCAAUCGGUUUCAUCAUUUCAAGGAUGGGGCAUGUUCUUGUGGGGAUUAUUGGUGAUUGUGGAGUUGACUGAUACUACUUUCCUCAAGUUCAAAGAUGUGCUUUCUGGUUUAACCAAUGCUAGCAGUAAGACAGAGAACAUAUUGAAGGCAAGAUUAGUGAAACAUAAUUUUUUUGAGGAUUUGGGAUGUAUCUUGCUCAGCUUCUCAGGUUGUAUGAUCAGAUAUUUCUUUCUUCUAUGAAUUAUUUUCUGGAUUA